AUGGAUUCAAACAUUGUCACUCUUAUUGAACAAUCUAACAAAUACAAUAGCUCUAAAACAAAUUUCUUUAAAACAAAGUUAUUUGUAAGCAACAAUCAUUCUCCAAAUAGAGAAUAUUCAAAGCAUGUGGCUUAAACAGAAACUGUUUAAUAUAAUCGAUAUUAAUCAAAAGAAGUUAAUUCUGGAAGAAAUUCAAAAAAGAUAUCUUUCAACACUUAUUUGUUAAACUUAGCAAAAUAAAAUAUUGAUAUGUUUCCAAAAAUAAAAUGUGAUUUUGCUAAUAUUUAAAUGGUUGAUCUUUAAGUAUUAAUCAAAUACUAUAUAGGAUAAUAGGUUCAGGUUGUUUCCAAAAGAAUUAUAUUAAAUGAAAAAAGUCUAAAUAAUCAAUUUAAAUUCAAAUUUCAUUAAAGUACUUCCUGAAGAAUUAUUUGACAACUUUCCAUCUAUUAUCAAUUUUUCAAUUAGCAAUAAUUUAGUUGUAAUGCUUCCAAAAAAAAUAUCUCAUUGGUAAUCACAUCUAGAGAUAUUAGAAUUAAGUAAAAAUAGAUUAUAAAAACUAUAUCCAUUAAUAACACUAAUAAAUUUAAGAUCUCUUUUUAUUCAAUCAAAUGAAUUCUAAUAUAUUCCAAUUGAAUUUAAAAAUUUAAAGAAAUUAAAUGAAUUAGGUUUGGAUUGGUUUAAAUACCUUAAUCCUCCAAUAGAUCCUAUUGUGAAUAGACCAUAUAUAGAAAAACUAUUUCAAUCUCUUGAGGAAAAAUAACUCAAAGAUGUAGAAGAUCCCUCUUAAAUUAAUGUAUCAGUAUUAUUGAUAUCAAGUUUAGUGAUGAAGAGUAUAGCUCAUCUAUUG